UCUUCGUGUCAGUCAGUGUUAACUUUUAUAGUGGUACAAUUUGCAUUCAUACGCCGAAAAUAAUAUGAACAUGGCAUGAAACUUUCAAAUAUCGAAAUGUGUAUGUAUUUAUUUGCCAUCAAAUCAUCAAAGCGAAAGGAAAAGCAGAACGGAUAGUUUCUCAGAUUUUUGAGAAUCAUGCAACUGUUUAACAAUUUGUAAAAAAAAUUCCUUCAAAUUAUUUGCAUGCAGACUCCAGGUCCAGGAAAUUACAAUAUAACGAGUUGGAGGUCAUGGCCAACUCCCAGUUAUACUCGUCCCGUGGUCGUUUGCUUUUUCAAAGGGGCAGAUACAUGUUCAAGCUGCGAGACGCUUUUGUAUGGAGAUUACUACCAAAACUCCUCUGGGAAAAUAAAUAUUUGCUUCGAUUGUUUUAGAAACAUUUACGACCCGAUACGACGAAAACCUGGCAAUUUUCAUAAAAUGCGUCACUGCAGAUCAUAUCAUACGCAUAUUGACGUUGAGAAUAUUGUGCAUCAUAAAACAACUUCCAAAAAGAUUCGGAGACUUCAACUAAUGGAAAAACGAAUGUGGAACAAGUUCGGAGAAAGUUUAGAUUACAGAGGAAAACCAAUCUGAAGGGAUCCAUGUAAAAUCCUAACAUUAUCUUAAGCGUUACUUUUUAUCAUUCCAUUGUAGAAUUAUGACCGAGUAAGUCACAAUUAUGCCGGCGACCUGAAUAAAUUGUCAAACAAGUCAGAAUUUAAUUUACUAGUUACAUGUUCGUUUGUUGUGACAUACCGAUAAAAUAAGUCGAUAAGUAAUUGUGAAAAACUUUCCACCUUGAAGACCAAUAUUGUCACUGGAUGACAAUUCGUGCAAAAGCAGCAUCAGCUUUUUUGAGGAUAAUUUUUCUACGUUGUUAUUCACUGCGAGCCAAUUUCGUACUUUGUCCAACUGAGAUAAGUACAAUAAGUGCUUAUCGCAACAGCUUAAAGAUGUGUAAAUAUGUUUCUGCUUACAUUAUAAUUUCCUUGGGCUGCCAUGUAUAAUGAAGCAACGGUAACAAUGAGAUAAAUUCCAGUCAUCGUUUUCGACAAAAAUUUACCCUCAACUUGUACAAGCAAGCGAAUUUCUAAACAGUGAAAUGGUAAUCCAGUCAUUAAUACGAGCAAAGUAAAAACACGGAAAGCCUUGUUAAACUUGUGAAAGUCUUUCUUCAUUUGGAAAUAUCGGUCGAAAAUCUGUUAGAAAAUUGUGAAAAUGAGAUAUUUUAAUAAAUAACAGAAUAAUCUUAAAUGAA